AUGGAAGGGGAUCGGCCAUCGUAUUCGUAUUCGAGCAGAAACUGGCAGCGUGGAAGUUAUCGCGGCCGGAGCGGAAGAAGAAGAAAACGAAGACGGAGAUCGUGGGGCGAGAGGAUAGCGGACUGGACCAGGACUCUGAUAGCCUUCCUCUUCAGCAACGUCGGUAUAGUGUGUCUGGUGAUCGGGUACACUAUAGCAGGCGCCUUCCUCUUCACCCACAUCGAGGGCAGAAACAGCCUGGACGUCGCCGGAGACGUGAUCAGGCUGAGAAACAUGACGGCUGCCACCCUCUGGGAACUCACUUCCAAGGAGAACGUGUUCUCCGAGAGGAUCUGGAAGGCGAAAGUGCGAGCAAUUCUAGAGAACUAUCAGAGGAAAAUGGUAACGGCCAUAAAGAACGGCUACGACGGGGCGGAGGAGAACAAGAGAUGGAGCUUCGCGGGAGCGUUUCUCUACUCCCUCACAGUAAUCACCACGAUCGGUUAUGGCAACAUUUGCCCCAAGACGAAAUGGGGCAAAGUGGUGACCAUAGUGUACGCCAUAAUAGGCAUGCCACUUUUCUUGCUGUACCUCAGCAACAUCGGCGAUAUUCUUGCGAAAAGCUUCAAAUGGACUUACGCUCGCUGCUGUCUCUGCAGGUGUCGAAGAAAGCCUCGCGAAUUGACGACGAGAGGGGUUCAACGCGAUGGCGUCGAUAUCAGGAAAAAUCAUUGGCAAUUGGUCAACAUGCAAGGAAGGGAAAUUCACGCGACCAGCGUGGACAAAGAAGUUUCCGUGGAAAGCAGCGACGACGUAGAAGAGAGCGAUGGAAAUGACGAAGAUGAUGACGGUAGUAGCAGCUACGAUCCACAACAAGUCACAGUCCCCCUAACUCUCUGCGUCGCAAUUAUGGUUGGAUACAUUUGGGGCGGAGCGAUCCUGUUCUCCGAGUGGGAGGAGUGGAACAUGCUGGACGGCUCUUACUUCUGCUUCGUCUCCUUAUCGACCAUAGGUUUCGGAGAUAUAGUACCGGGCGACAAGAUCUACGCGGCUCAGGGCUUCGAUUUAUCCUUCAUCUUCUGUUCCAUGUACCUGAUGCUCGGUAUGGCGUUGAUCGCGAUGUGCUUCAAUCUGAUGCAAGAGGAGGUGAUAGCGAAGGUGCGCACGUUCGUGCGUACCGUUAAAUAUAUAUUCCGAUGCGACAGGUGACCGAGCCCCGUCUCAGCCGCAUUCUACGCCCUCCGCGACAUUCGGUGAGUCCAAUCUUGUCACGUUUUAUUCAUGGAAUAUCUUGAAAAUGUAAUCGCACGGGGCUUACGUGUCGCGACGGAAAAGCGAUCAC